UGACAACUGCUCUGAGCCUAAAUCGUGAAAAGUUUUGAUUCGACGGAAGGAAUCGUUUCAAGAAAUUUUAUUUUAGGAUUUCUGGCGGCAUUUUAUUAUUUAACCCCGGGUUUUUCAAUCCAUUUGUUGCGAAAAUGUUUUAACAUCACGUAUUUAAUAUAACUGUGUGUAGAUUUAAAAAGAUUCAUCCUGAAAUACCUUCUCUUCGACGGUGUGUGAAAGUGUUCGGAAUAUCAGUACACAAUUUUUUGCCAGUUGAUCUGUAGCCUUGGAAAUCCUGAAGAUGUCAGAAGACAAUUCUGCGACUAGCACUGAUACGAGCGAGGAUUCCGUAUCUCAGGGCGAAUUAAAGUCGAACGAUCUGGAAGAUGAUCAGAUUAAACAUGCUUCAUCUAUAAUUGAGAGUGCGAUGAAUGACACUGAAACUAAUGUAACCGACGUUCCUGUCGUAACAGUGGAUGAGAUAGUCGAAAAGAUAGAGCACAACGAAAUCACAACAACGUUGCAUUCCGAGGAAAAGCCGGUGGAAAGUGAGGGCGAACCUAGGAAAAGGGAACCGGAAAAUGUUACUGAAGUAAACAAUAAAAAUGCAAAGCUAGAAGACAAAGUGGAAUACUCAGGGGACGAUAUAAAGGAAGAAAGGGAACCGGAAAACGACUCUGAAGUCAGCGGUGAGAAUUCCAAAUCGGAAGAUGAGCAGGAGAGCUGUUCAAAAAUUACCGUUAAGGAAGAAAGUGGACCGGAAAACGCUAUUGAAGUCUGCAAUGAAAAUUUAAAUACGCAAGGCAAUCAGGAGGUCAGCUCAGUGAUUGACGACACAGACGAAGAGAAAUUAGAAAAUAAUACUGAAGUCAGCAAUGCAAAUUCAAACGCGGAAGACAGCAGAGAAGACAUUACAGAAGGAGGAGAACCGGGAAACGAUACUGAAGUCAGCAAUGAGAAUUCAAACGCUGAAGACAAGCAGAAAGACUGCUCAGAUGAUGACAUUAAAGAAGAGGAGUUAUACGAUAAAUUAAGUUGUAGUAGUCCAGAACCCGGUGAAAUACCAGAUGAUGAUGAGGUCAAAGAAAAGUUUUCAAUCUCACGAACAGUAGUAGUCGAAGAUCCUAAAAUUAACAUAAACCCUGGAUAUGGUACACAGUUGAAAGAUGAAAGGGGCUCAGUUCAAGAUAAUUACGAAAGUGAUGAUGACAACCUUAGAGAUGCAGCAGAUCUAAUAGAGAAGAAACCAUUUCUGGAGGAGCUUUCCGAAGAAGAAUUUAAAAGUCCUGUUGCUACGUUUAAACAGGAAUACCUUUCCGACGUUGACGAUGAAACUCCCCACAAGAGUCCCAAAUCAAGGGUAGUUGAUGAGAAACCGGAACCACCAAGAAAGUUAGCCAGCAUUUUUGAGAGAAAGGUAAAAAAAGAAGAAGGAAGUACGGAUGGUAUAUUGCAAGAGAAGCUGAAGCAGUAUUUUGGUCAUAACGAUUUCAAAAGCACGCUGCAAAAGGAAGCAAUCCAGACGAUUAUAACAAGAACUCGCGAUGUCUACGUUUCCAUGCCAACCGGUUCCGGCAAAUCGCUUUGCUUCCAACUGCCGGGAGUGAUGCAAGACAAUAAAGUAACUAUUGUGUUCUCCCCACUGCUGGCACUGAUAAAAGAUCAGUUAGAUACACUGGUCAAAUUGAAAAUUCCUGCAAAUUCCAUAAAUUCUAAAAUGAGCAACAAGGACCGAGAUCGAGUUAUGAACGAUUUGAAAAGCAUUCGUACGGAUAUUCGAUUUCUUUACAUCACACCGGAACAGGCUAACACGACCACGUUCAAAGAGCUGCUCAAAAUGCUAGUCAAACAUAAGAAGGUCGCUUACGUGGUUGUCGAUGAAGCACAUUGCGUAAGCGAAUGGGGGCACGAUUUCCGCCCGGAUUAUCUUAAACUUGGUGCGCUUCGUUCCGAGUAUCCGUCGAUUCCAUGGAUUGCUCUGACAGCAACAGCUUCUAAAAAAGUUGUUGAAGAUAUUUUCAAAAAUUUGCGGCUGAAAGAACCAGUGGCUAAAUUCAAGACCUCUUGCUUCCGAGAGAAUCUCUACUACGAUGUAGUAUUCAAAAAUUCUAUUCAGGAUGAUUAUAUUCAUUUGCGAGAUUAUAUAGAAAGCAUUUUAGACCAAGAAGACGAAGAUAUCAAACCAAGUAAAAAGGCUUGUGGCAUAAUCUACUGUAGAACGCGCGAGACAACGGAGCGAGUAGCAAACAGCCUAACAAAAUUAGGACUGAAAACAGCUGCCUACCACGCAGGAUUGAAGCAAUCGGAGCGCGUAGCCGUACAGGAAGACUGGAUGGAAGGAAAAUAUCCCAUCAUAUCUGCUACCAUUAGUUUUGGAAUGGGCGUGGACAAAGCUUCGGUGCGGUUUGUCAUUCACUGGGACAUUCCUCAAAGUGUCGCAUCGUACUACCAAGAAUCGGGUCGAGCUGGCCGCGAUGGGAAGAAAUCCUACUGCCGAGUUUAUCAUUGUCGAGAGCAGUGCAAGUCAAUCGAUUUCUUGCUUCAACAAGACUUGCAGAAAGGCAAAGGCACUUCUAAAGAAGACAAAACCAAGCUGGCAGUGAAAAAUUUCGAAAAAAUUGUUGAGUACUGCGAAUCGGCUCGGUGUCGACAUAGACUGUUCUCGGACUUUUUUGGUGACGAUCCGCCAGACUGUGUCGAUAUGUGUGACGUUUGCACAGAUCCAAAAAAGGUGGAACAAGCAAUCGAAACUUUUCAAAAACUGUCGGUCGCGGGGAAACUGAAAACUAUAAUAGGUUACGACGACAAUUUCGCAGAUCUGUACGAAGGUGGUCGAAAAGGGGCUUCAGACGACUACAAAGAUGCGGCUUCUUCUGCUGAUGAAUAUGAUGACCGAGAAAAACGGGCCAAGCAGGAAUCGGAUCUACUGAUUCAGAAGCAGUUUGCGUUGAGGAAGGCAUCCGCUGCCAAAGACUUGGAUAUGCACCGGACUGCUUCCAUCAGUCGGGUAAAGUUUGCAAUGCAAACCACAGUUAAAGUGAAUGGGUUGACCAUUUCUUCACGAGAAGCUAAUCUUACCAUGCUGGCGGAUUUGUUAAAGAAAAAUUUUGAAACAUGCAAGGAAUCCGAUCCCCCGGAGCACGAGUUAGUUUACAAGGAUUUUGAAGAUAUUGCUGUUGGUAUGGAAUAUGAUGCAUUCACGAACAAUACAGUGGCUAGUUUAUACCGGAGAUCCGUAGCGAAACAUAUUUCUGCCAUCAAAUCGGCCACAUCGUCAGAUAUGCUUUAUCCUGACUUAAAGCAAUACGUUCCAAAAGCACGAAACUCACACGGUGGAGAAUUUAAGACCAUUGAAGCGGAAUUGAAACGUAAGUACGGAAACGACAUUGUGGACGAACUGCGAGAAGAAGACGAUGAUCGAAGAGCCGGUUCGAAUCGAGGUGGUACUAAUGGAGACCGUCGACGAGGUGGUGGAAGCGGGAAGUUUUCCACAUUCAAUCGUGAUGGUUUCAAUCAGAAAUCGAUCAAUUCAUACUUUGGAAAAUCAGAUGGACGAGGUGGUGGCGGACAAUCUGGUAAGCAGACGCUGGAUGACGGAGACAUGUGGGAUAGCGACGGGGACGGAGCGGGUCCAAGUGUUGCAACUGAAAUUAAGACGGAGGAGAAGCAUGCCGUACUAGAUGACCGACGGUCACCUUCAGUCGAAAUUGUGUCCAGUGAUUCAUACUCUCAUCGGUCCAAAGAUUCAAAAGAUGAUUGGGAUCGGAAAGAACGUAAAGCAAAGAAAAGAAAAUCCAGUACUAGAUCACGUGAUCCGUCCCGCGAUCGUUCUAUAACCCCUAGAGACCGAGAAAUGUCGCGGGAAAAAUCUCGUGGUUUCUCAAAGAGUAAAUCAAGGCACAAGUCACGUGAUAGAUCUAGAUCACGCGAUCGUCAUUCGUAUCGAUCUGGAAGAUCUCGCUCACGCGAAUAUGAAGAAACUCGCAAAAAACACAAAAAAUCAAAGAGCAGAUAUGAGGAUGAUGAUCAUUAUGACCAUCGACCCAGGAAACGAUACGCCAGUGAAUACGAAGAAAAACCCAUCAUGAAACGUCCUCCUUCGCCUGUCGAAAGUUAUAGUUACACAACACAGAAACCACGCGUGUCACACUACGAACGCAAAGCUCCUACUAUUUCGGCAUACGCACCUGCUUACACUGGUGGUGGGGGACGUAGUUACAAUAGCUAUGAAUCAUCGACUGCUACAAGCAAUUCUCUUCUCUCGACCGACGAUAUGUGGGAUGACGAUGGUCCCGUUGUGUCGAAAACGUCAAAUUCCUUGGCAGACAAAUUGUUGGAACACGUUCCUCCUCCACCUCCACCACUGUCAGCAGCCAAGACGCCUCCUCCGCCACCACCGAUCACUAUUGAACCAAGCUACUCUACAGGCUAUUCGAUCUAUAACCAACCAUCAAUUCAAUCUGCGUAUCAACCGCCUCCUCCACCAGCACCAGCCAUUUCACCACCUCGGGAAAAAACGGUAUCGAAGAAAACGUACGACUACUUGUUCGAAGCAUCUCCCGAAAAGUUGGUUGUUCAAUACGAUCACAAAAAAGUAACCACUGUAGCGAAAAAUCCAUCACCUCCACCACCACCAACAGUCGCGCAGGUAAAGUCAUUAACUGCCGCUCAAUUUAACGCCGCGGCUCAAAUACACGCUACCCUGCAAAAGCUGAACGCGGUUGUGUCCAGUGCAGCUGCAGCUCGCAACGGAACUUCCUCGUCUUCUUCAUCAUCAUCAUCACUUUCGACGGCAACGGUGGGUACCACUAAAAAACCAACCAUAGGUCUAAACAGCAGUAGCAGCAAUACUAGUACCACAAGCACCACGGUUGUCCCUCCCUCGACCGCCUCCAAUAGCUCUUCAUCCGUGGCUAGUGUGAAAAGCAAUCCGGAGGUUACAGCGAAGCUGCAAAACAUUCAGCUGGAACAGGAAAAAGUGUCCAAGAAGAAUCUAGCCGAUGUCGUGAUUCGUUUUCUGAUGCCGUACUACCGCCAGCAAAAGAUCAAAUCAAAGGAACUGUUCAAAGGGCUAGCGCGAACCAUAUCGCACAAGUUUUACGACGUCGAAGUUGUCGUUGACCGGAAGGUGAAAAAGUACAUAGACGACCUGAUGAAUCACAAGGGUGUGAUAGCCAGUGAAGCAGAUUUUCCUCAUUAACCGUCGCGCGGGAACGAGUUCAUGUACAUAAGAGCAACGCAUUAAUAGUGAAUUAUUCUGUAGGAACAUCAUAGAGUAGACUUUGUGCUUAAUUUGAUCAUCUGACCUGACUGGUUGGACGAUGGAGAUCGUUUUUGCAUCAGAUACGUAUUGCUACCGGCAAUUUGUGUGACUGUAAAACUUGUUGAACAAGAAGGAAGGAUAGCCCAAGAUUAAGAUAAGAGCGGUACUUGCAAGACAAUACGUAUCAAAUUUUCAUCUGUAUAGCGUAGCAAAGCGACACAUAUUUAUUGUCUAUGGGUUUAAAUCUUUCCUUGAAAACUUUUCAAGAUAGUGUCACUCAGUGUAAGGAAAAGUCUUGCUAACCAACUGAUACCAGAGUAGUUUCAGUGAAUACCAAGAUAAGAUAGUAGCAAUUGCAACUAUAAGACUAGUGAUAAUAAAAUUUCAGAAAACUAAGCAAAAUUCUGCUACAGUUAUUUCCCAUUAA